AUGAUGUCGUCUCUACCUCGAUGCUUGCUGCCGCUUGCAGCAGCUGCCUUUCUGAUGCAGUUGAACAUUACACCUGUGGAAAGCAUCUCUUCGCAACGACUUUUCGACAACAUGAGAACGGUUUUCCUGCAGCAAGAUCCCGCGGCAGGAGCUGGUGCUGCUGUUCCAGAGACCCCACCAGUGAACCACGAAGUAGACGCAGAGGAGUAUAACAAGGAGUGGCACAAUUAAGGCUAGUAGAUGGCAUCGGCACUCACUAUCUGGUAAAUAUAGCGUAUUCUGACGACAGCAGACAAGAACUGUGGUUGUCAAAAACAAAUAGAGAUAUACCCGGUAAAUUAGCGCUCCUCUAUGAGGUACUCUUUUGCUGGCUGACCUCAUCGGUAGUCACGUGCAACUACAAACGAGGUUCCAUGACAUGACACGUUCCCCUGCUACUUACUUCGCUGAAAGUGACGGGGAAACAGAACAACUGAACACCCAGCCAUAGAACAGGUAGUGAAUGUCUAGCGUUAACAUAAGGAGUUUAGAGAUGAGGCGUAUCCUUCGUCAGCAGCGAACAAAGAUCACCACCCGAUGAUGAAUGGAGAAGAUGCUGAUGCCAAAUUGCCUUGGGGAUGGGGAAGCGGAUGGUUCUGGUAAUAGAAAAAUUAGACAACAACAACACCAUCUUCGUCAAGUUCUUGUCUAUUGAAAAUCCUGUAUUAUCUGCGAAUAACAUCAUCAUCAAGUUGUACUAGAAGUAGUACAAACUUCGAUCAAAUAUGAAAAAUUGUGACAUCAACUACAACUUCCAGGCUUUCGGGAAUGGGAAUCGGCAGCCUUGUGGGUCUAGCAUUUUUUCCAACCUCGCCCUUUGUGGGAGUGUAAGAAAGGAAGGACUAGUGGUUUAUGACAGUGAAACAUCAUGUAUUUGUACAGACUCACAAUAUAAUGAAGAAGAUGAUUGAAAUACGGGUCGAACUUCACGGACAGACAGGCAAAAGAUGAAAAGAGCAAGAAAAGAUGAGGCUGCACAGCGUUUAAGCUUUCUCCCUUGUUGCACUAGAUGAGAAGUACUUGUUGACUUUGGUCAUUAUUUUUUCGUGCUAAAAUAAAACAUGGAUCAUGGACGACAACAUUUCUAGUAAUUUUUGCUGUUCAGAACCAGAAGACCAAGGUGGAGAGGAUGAAGCAAGGCCAUAACUUGGAGGGGUUAUUUUUUAAAGCAUGGCGUUGAAGAACAGAGAUCUACCGUUCCAGUUCUUCAUGAGACUUAGCACGAGUGCGAG